AGUUAGGAAAGACCAAGCCAGAGAGGCCAAUUCUUUGAUUAGGUUAUGAAAUAACUAAUAAUAUAAAAGGUCUAUUUUCUGACUGAACUAGUAAACAUUUUUGGAACUUAAAGUAAGAUAGAUAUAUGUUUGACGAAAGCGAGAAAGAGAGUUUUGGUGCAGUCUUAUGCAAAAAUAUAAAACAGACUUAAAAUGUUCAAACAAAUUUUUCGAUCUUUCGGGUCGUAUAGUUUAAAUCAGAUUUUACCGGAUACAUCAAAAAAAGUUACCACAAUAUAUCUCAGUGUCAUUCAACAUCGAGAUACUCGGACGUUUAGUACCAUCACAUCUACGAAAAAAUGGGAUUUAUACAGCGCUGUUUGUUUAGAACGUCAUCCAGUUAUAAUACAAUCAAUGCAAGAAAUAGAGCUGAAAUUUUAUAAUAUGUUGAAAAAAAUUGAAUAUGAAAAUAGUUUCAAAUCUGAUUACGAAUUGAGAAAAGAAAAAGAGAGAGAGGAACAGAAAAACCCAAGCAGCAAGGAAAAUACAAUAAAAACCUUAGUACAAACUGCACAGGAUUUUGAGGAUAGUGGUCAAGAGGAAUUAAACAAUUUUAAAUUUGCGCCAACAAUUACAAAAUUUGACGAACAAAAUGUAACGUCAACUUUAAAACGUAAAUUGGAUAAAAAUUUGCUUUUAUUAGUACAACAAAAAGUAGGCAAUUCACAUUAUUGGAUACCUCCACAAGGCAUUCGAAAGGAAGGAGAGACAAUGAGACAAACUGCAGAGAGAGUAUUACAAGAUGCAUGUGGUGCAAAUAUUAAAGUGAAGUUUUAUGGUAACGCACCUAUCGGUUUUUAUAAGUACAAAUAUCCCAAAAAGCUUUGCGAGCAAGAAAGUUAUGGUGCUAAAAUAUUUUAUUUCUUGGCAAAAUAUAUAGAUGGAGAUAUCACCAAUAAUGUAAAGUAUCAGUGGUUGGAUAAUGAAGAAUUAGAAAAAGUGUUACCUAAUGGAGUACAAGAAAGUAUUUCACGAUUUAUG